AUGGCGAUUCCAAUUCUUCGUCGUAUCAUCCCACUGCUGAUGCUCCUCCUCACACUCUGGCCGGUGCCUUCUUCCUCACUUCCUGACGAGUACAGUGACAGAGAAGCACUACUGCAAUUCAGGGCGGCGCUGUCAGUGUCAGACCAGUUGGGCUCACUGAGCUCAUGGAAUGGCAGUACCGGCUCCGACUUCUGCCGGUGGGGUGGCGUGACAUGCAGCCGCCGGCAUCCGGGCAGGGUAACCUCUUUAAAUCUGAGUUCAUUAGGUCUCGCAGGAAGCAUCUCUCCUGUCAUUGGCAACCUCACUUUUCUUCAGAGCCUCGAUCUCUUCAACAACACACUCUCUGGAGAUGUGUACUUCACCAGUCAGCUACAUCGCCUGCACUAUCUUGAGUUAGCAUACAACGACUUCAGUGGUGACCUUCCUGUUGGGCUCUGCAACUGUUCCAACCUUGUGUUCCUCAGUGUGGAGGCCAAUGAGCUCCAUGGGGCGAUUCCGAGCUGUCUGGGAUCGUUGUUGCAGCUGAAAGUUCUUUACCUUGGUGAGAAUAAUCUCACAGGAACUGUCCCUCCAUCGCUCGGCAACCUUACCAUGCUUCUACAAAUAGCACUCUAUCAGAAUCAGCUGGAAGGAACCAUACCAGAGGGCCUUUCCGGCUUGAGAUAUCUGCAAUAUAUCCAAGCCUCGAGGAACAGCCUCUCUGGCACACUACCACCUCUGUUCUUCAACAUAUCGUCUCUUCAAUACCUUGGUUUCAGUUCAAACAAGCUGCACGGCAGAUUGCCACCCGAUGCAGGAACACGCCUACCAAACCUUCAAGUGCUCCGUUUGGGCGGCAUUGGCAACAACUUCUCUGGAACAAUCCCUGCCUCCCUCUCUAAUGCCACUGAAAUCCAAGUACUGGGUCUUGCUAGGAAUAGCUUUGAAGGGAGGAUACCUCCUGAGAUAGGAAAACUGUGCCCAGUAAGUGUUCAAAUGGGGAGUAACAAGCUGCAAGCUAAUGAUGCUGGGGAUUGGGAGUUCCUGAGAUAUUUCACAAACUGCACCCGACUUCAGGUGAUAGAUCUUAGUGACAACACCCUUGGGGGAAUACUUCCAAGUUUUAUUGCUAAUUUAUCAAGGUCAAUCCAGUGGCUAAGCAUGGCAAAAAACCAAAUCUCUGGGAUAAUUCCUCCAGGUAUUGGGAGCCUUAAAGGAAUUGAGGACUUAGAAUUCCAAGGUAAUAAUCUGUUUGGUGAUAUUCCUGGUGAUAUUGGCAGACUUCGGAAUCUGAAGGUAUUGUGGCUGAACAUGAAUAACAUGUCAGGAGGCAUUCCAUUUUCCAUUGGCAAUCUCACACAACUUCUGACUCUUGACUUGUCAAACAAUCAGCUAAAUGGCUCCAUUCCUAAAAGCCUUGGAAGCAUGGAGAGGUUAACAAACCUGGAUUUAUCCUCUAACAGGCUAGUUGAGUCUAUCCCUGAUGUAAUCUUCAGCCUCCCUUCACUGACUGAUUCACUGUUGCUUUCUGAUAAUUAUCUCUCUGGUGCUCUUCCUCCAAAAGUUGGCAACCUGAGGCGCGCGACAACGCUGUCUCUGUCAAGAAACAACUUAUCAGGUAAAAUACCAACAACACUUGGCGACUGUGCAAGUUUAGUAUACUUAGCUCUAGACAGCAACCACUUCACAGGGAGCAUCCCUCCAUCACUUGGUAAUUUGAGAGGCUUGAGCAUCUUGAAUUUGACGAGAAACGCACUGUCCGGUAGCAUCCCACAACAGCUGAGCAACAUUCAUGGUUUGCAGCAGCUAUACCUGGCUCAUAACAACCUAUCAGGAACCAUUCCACAAUUUCUUGAGAAAUCAAGUGCCCUGAUAGAGCUAGACCUCUCCUAUAAUCAUCUCAGUGGUGAGGUGCCAUCACAUGGUUUGUUUGCCAACAUGAGUGGGUUCUCAGUACUAGGAAAUUAUGCGCUUUGUGGGGGCAUUGCAGAACUGAAUUUGCCUCCAUGCGAGGUCAAGCCACAUAAGUUGCAAAAACAGAUGCUGCUUAGGAUUCUGCUUCUUGUCUCUGGAAUUGUUAUAUGCUCAUCUCUUCUGUGCGUCGCACUCUUUCUGUUCAAAGGGAGAAAACAAACGGACAGGAAGAAUGCUACAAGUGACCUUAUGUUGAAUGAAAAGUAUCCUAGAGUUUCAUACCACGAACUAUUUGAAGCUACAGAUGGUUUUGCACCUGCAAAUCUAAUAGGAGCUGGAAAAUAUGGAUCAGUGUACAGAGGAAAUCUGUCUCUUCCAUCUGCUGUGAAUGUUGUUGUGGCUGUCAAAGUGUUCACUCUUCAGCAUGCUAGUUCUUCCCGAAGUUUCAUGGCAGAAUGUGAGGCUCUGAGGAAUGUGAAACAUCGGAACUUGAUCAAGAUUAUCACCUGCUGCUCUAGUAUGGAUUCCAGAGGCAAUGACUUCCGAGCUCUAGUGUUCGAGUUCAUGCCCAAGUACAGCCUGGACAGGUGGCUGCACCCAAGAAUCCAUGAGCAGACACACAAGUUGAGCAUUGCCCAACUGUUAAACAUCGCUGUUGAUGUUGCCGAUGCAAUAGACCAUCUUCACAACAACAGUUGCCCGACAGUGAUUCAUUGUGAUUUGAAGCCUAGCAACAUCCUCCUUAGUGCUGACUGGACUGCUUAUGUUGCUGACUUUGGACUUGCAAAGCUGGUUGGCGAAUCCAUAGAAAAAUCUGGUUUGAGUGCUGGGGACAGCAGCACUGUUGGGAUAAGAGGAACCAUAGGAUAUGUUGCUCCAGAAUAUGGAGCAGGUGGGCAAGCAUCUGUUGUUGGUGAUGCCUACAGCUUUGGGAUUACUCUGCUUGAGAUGUUCACAGGGAAGGCCCCAACUGAUAAUAUGUUCAGAGAAGGCUUGACCCUGCACUUACAUGCUGAGAUGACCUUGCCUGAAAAAAUAUCAGAAAUCAUUGACCCAGCACUGUUGCACGUGGAACAGUAUGACACCGAUGCAGAGAUACUAACUUGCUUAUCUUCUGUAAUAGAAGUCGGUGUCUCAUGUUCAAAGGAAAACCCAUCAGAAAGAAUGGACAUGAAACAUGCUGCUGCUAAGCUGAACAGGAUCAGAGAGGUAAUGGAAUCCUCUUUGUAG